AUGGGCGAUGAGCCGGGCCCGCCGUUGAAGAAGCGCCGAGGUGGAAUACAACAAAGGCUCCAGGCGUCUGCGUUAGAGAAUGCGCCCAGCACUUCGAAGCUUGCCACGCACCUGCUGGAAGAGUUUGCUCUGGGAAAGAAAUCCCCUCAAGAAUGCCAGCGCCUUGCCAGUUUGGCAGUGAAAGACAUGACAGCCGCUGGGGUUCUGUUAGAAAAUAUCCCCGUGGAUUUGCGGAAGCUGAGCGAGUUGGGAUCUGGAGGCAGGCACUUGAAUAACUGCUACCGCGACAUUAUGCGGAUGACUUGCAGAAUUCCGUCCAUCCCCAUGCCCUUUUCAGUAAACAUCCCAACCAAGCAGGGUGAUGAGACUGCCGGUAUCCUUCUCCCACAUGUGAUGUUUGCCAGCAUGUACCACCACUACAGGGCGGCCUUCGGGCAGUACAUCAUGCCUGGCGGAGAGGACGCUCUUCAGGAGUUCUGGACCACUGGAAAGCGCAUGCCGCAGCUUGCCAAUCAUCCAAUCCUGCGAAGGGCCAAUUUUGAGGCCAGGUGCGUGCCGAUUGCGCUGCACGGGGAUGAAGUCCCAACGGUUGGCCGGGGGAAGGUAUGGUGCAAGCUUUCGCUGCUGCUGUCCUGGUUCUCCGUCAUGGCCGUCGGCGUGCCGACCCUUCAGGCAAUGAACUUGAUUUGGGCGCACGCUCCGCAAUGUGCGGUUGAGGGGCCUGAUGGGACAGUGGCCGUUUUUAUGCGCAUCAUGAAGUGGAGCUUUUCUGCCCUUUUUGCAGGGACCUGGCCCAGGCGGGAUUGGCGGGGAGUUGCAUAUGAGGCUGGCUCUGCGGAUGCGAAUCGGGCCGGCGAGCCUCUUGCUGACGGCUAUUUUGCAUGCCUUAUAGGCUUAUGCGGCGAUUUAGAUUAUUGCGCGAAAUUCCUGGGACAUCCACGAUGGAGCUCCCAUAGUGAGCCCUGUGGACUUUGCCGUGCCACCUUUCGAGGCCCUCUCACUUGGCUGAAUUUUUCAGAGAACGCGCCCUGGGAAGGAACCCAAUGGACACCCGAGACGUGGGCUCGCAGGCCGAUUCGUUCCACCUGUCCUCUUUUCGAGAUGCCCGGGUUUACCAGCAUCGCGGUGCUCCCCGAUUAUAUGCACAACAAAUAUUUGGGGUAUGCGCAGUACCUGUUCGGCAGCGUCUUCUGGCUUCUCUGUUUCGUUCACAUGGCAGCCGCGCCAUUGCAAAACCUCAGGACCCUCGCCAACUUCAUCAUGAGCUUCCAGAACCGCCACCGCCCACAACAUGGCGAGCGCUACCCUGCCAGGACGCUGCGCAAACUGACAAUGUUUGUGAAGAAGCGAGACUUUCCAAAGCUUCGCGGCAAAGCCGGUCAAAUUCGGGGAUUGGAAGACGCAAUGAUAGCGAUGUGGAAGCGCUAUGGGGACUUGCACACCCGGGACGGUAUCCGUAUCAAGCUGUUGCUGGAACUCAGCCUGCAAUGCGAUGAAAUCUUGGACUCGCAUUCGCCUGCCGACGGGUACUGGGCACUGCCGCCCCCGAAUGCAGCAGAGUUGGUGCGCAAACAACGACUGCUGGGUCAGCUGUACGUGCAGCUCUCAGAAUCCUAUGCUGCACAGGAGGUCCGGGUGUUCAAUAUGUCAGCCAAGCUGCACUAUUGCCUUCACAGCGCGCUAUGGGCUGACAAACUUCAUCCCCAUUUGGCCUGGUGCUGGCGAGGUGAGGACCUCAUGGGCCGCAUUUCCACCUUGAUUAGCAGCUGUGUGAGCGGCCGGACGGACGUAUCUGCCACCUUGAAGGCGGCAGAAAAGUAUGGGCUGGCUUGCCACUAUAUGUGGUCUGCUGCUGACGGGCCGCGUCGCCUUGAAGGCCGCUAA